AUGGCAGAAGCGCAGGCCACGCUCAAAGCAUCGUACGAUAUGGAAUCGAAACACAAGAAGCUUGAUCGAAACAACGACGAAGUGCGCCCACUUAACAGAAUAGCUAACAACUCCUUUACUCCGAACCUUUCUUCCCCAAGUAACGCAUCCAUGGACGACGCACAGGAAGAAAUCGAAUUUAACACUGCAGACUUUCGUGCCUUGCUGGAAGAAGUCCGGAACUCUCGAGAGCAGAUAAGAAGGCUCGAGCAGAUGACAAUGGGCCAUGGUCAACGGAUGGAUGGUUAUUCGGAUCCAGUGGGAGGCAUAUCGCGGGAAACAAAGGAAGCUAGUCGGAAAAUGUCAGACCUGAGCGUUAUCCCAAUGUACGGUGGGAAGUAUGCUAAGGAUGCUGCUUGUAAGUGGUUAAUAGUCCUUGAAGACUAUUUCGAAAACAAACAGCAGAUCACGAAGAAAGAAGCAACCGAUCUCGACAAAAUCACAAUUGCUUCACAACGUCUGACGGGUUUAGCACGGGAUCGAUGGUAUUCCGCGCGAGAACAAGCACGAAGCGACCCUACAUGCCGAAUCACCUCUUUCGAACAGUUCAAGGAAUGGAUUGAGCUGAACUUUGGCGAGAUUCUGAGCGACACACGAAGGUGGGAAGAAUACGAGGCGUGUACGCAAGGAACCCGUUUAGUGCAAAGCUAUGGCACAGCGCUGCGUACUGCGGCCGACAGAGUUAAGGAGGACAUUCCCGAGCCUAUGUUAAUCCGGAAGUUCGUCACGGGAGCAAAACCGGCUCUGCAAGCUAUGUGGGCUAGAGAUAUAAAUCAACCUUUAAGCUGGAGAUAA